GCCGGCAGCCGCGCAGCCAUUGGCUGCUGGGCCCGGGGCCGCUCUGUGCCGCCCCUCGCCAUUGGCUGCUGGGCCCGGGGCCGCUCUGUGCCGCCCCUCGCCAUUGGCUGCUGGGCCCGGGGCCGCUCUGUGCCGCCCCUCGCCAUUGGCUGCUGGGCCCGGGGUCGCUCUGUGCCGCCCCUCGCCAUUGGCUGCUGGGCCCGGGGUCGCUCUGUGCCGCCCCUCGCCAUUGGCCGCGGGUGCCGCUAUAAGCGCGGAGGCCAUUGGCGGCAGGAGCAUGGCGGGCACGGGCAGCUCCUGGCGGCCGCCGCGCUCGUGCGAGGAUUACUGGGGGGAGUGGAAGCAUUGCCGCGGGCUGCGCCACGCCUUCCACCACUACUACGCGCACGGGGAGCUGCCGGAGUGCGGCCGCUGGCGGGAGGACUACGAGGCCUGCCGAGCCUGGGAGAGGGACCGCUCCCCCGCCGCGCAGGAAGCUUUGUGCAAGAGUGAAAGAGCUCGAGUUAUGGAAAAACAGAAAUAUGCUCCAGUAUGGAAGCUCAGGAAGAGCCCACCAUCUGACUGGUAUCUGCCACUUGACCACGACAAAUCAAAUUAACAAGACUGUUUUCUGUGUUUGGUCAGUAACGUAAUACACAAUUCAGAAUUGUGGUGGUUUUUUUUUCCUUCUGAAUCAUCUUGAAGUUAUUCAACUGUAGCUCUGCCCUACAAUAUUUAAGCACUCACUCAAGAAUUCUGAAAUUUUAUUUAAACACUGGAUAUUUUUAAAAGGAGAUUUGAGGUGCUUAAUUUGGUUGUGGUCUUUUGACUUACAUUCCAGGAUUUCAUUUCAGCAGGCACCUUUCAAUUAAUGAAUACAUGCUCUAGCUCUUGCCCUACCAGCUGGCAUUGAGCACUUCUGGAACAAGGUACCCACCCCAGGCCUGCAAAUGGGGCAAAAAAACCAAGCUGGGACUCUUCCUUGCCCGCUCAGGACAAUCCCAAACACUGGCAUUUAAAGACAUUUCCCAGAAUCAGGGUUGUGGUGGUUGAAGAGUUUCUCACCUGUGGGCAGCACAUCCUGAAACUGCCCCUGUGUGGAACUACUCGAGUGGUGGUGUGUGUUGUGGGAGUAUUCAAGACUCAAAAAUAAAGGUUUAAACGAAUGUAGAGAGAUCUGGUUUGUAUUAGGGUAAACCCACAGAAACUUAAGUUACAACAGUUACAUGGCAAUAUAAGAAAAUAAAAAAAAUUGGCUUUGCCACUGUGUAAGGUCGUGUAGCUUUGCUAGGUGAAUAGUCAUUAAAACACAGAGAUACUUCAUUUAU